UGUGUCUUUUCCUCCUCUCGCUCCUGUUUUCUCUGCCUGGGAGUGAAAUCCAGGCAUUUGAACGAACCAUGGUGAAACUGAUUAAUAUUCCUGAUCCAAUGGAUUGGGAAAGUGCGCAGAAGUACUGCAGGAAGCACCACACAGACCUGAUAACACUCAGAAAUCAACAGGACAAUCUGUAUUUUAUCGACGCCCAUGGAUGGAUCGGCCUGUUCCGAGAAAUGCAGUAAGUCAGUGGAAGUGGUCACAUGGAAAUGAGACGGCCAGCUACAGGGCCUUCACUACAAUACCGUGGCUGUCUGAGCACUGUGCGUAUACAAACAAGGGUUCAAAAACGUGGUACACUGAUCCCUGUGACAACCUGCACAGUUUCUCCUGUUUCGAUGAGAGGAUGGUUCUGGUGAGGGAGAAUAAAACAUGGGAGGAGGCUUUACGCCACUGCAGGUCUCUGGGGAGAGUCAGCACAAACCAUUCAACCUUCACCCACCUCUACGACCUGGCUUCCCUGAUCACAGACGACGACCACACCCUCGCAAGAGAGAAAGCACAAAACGCCACGACUGACGAGGUGUGGACGGGCCUGCGCUUCCUGGCUGGUCAGUGGUGGUGGCUGGAUCGAGGACCGAUGCUCUACCGAGACAUCGACCGCUGCCCGACUAGCAGGUCCUGCGGAGUCAUUGAGAAGAAAGGCACAACAAGCUUUUCCACCAGGAACUGUGAAGAAAGAAGGAACUUCAUCUGUUACAAGAGGUUCUAAUUUCAUGGUUUCUUGUCGUUGAGUUCAUCCUCUCCACUACUGAUCUUCUGUCCAAAUUCCUGCUUUCAGUUGUUCACGUUCGUGAUCCUUGAGGCCUGAUUUACAAAAUCCCCGUAUGUUUAAAAACCGCUGCAUCACUGCAAGGUAACCACAAGCAAAUGAACACAGAACCAACACUGUUUCCAUCUGAAUGAUCUCAUGAAAACAGGAUCUAAAACCAGCAAAAAACCUCAUUUGCAUACUCACGGUGUGAGUCUUCUCCAUAACCAGAAAAACAGAGUGAAAGCUCAUUCUAUUUGUGUUACAGUGUAAUUUAUAACAUGUUUUACAAAGGAUCUUGGUAAAUCAGGCCCUUUGGAUUUUAUUUAACCAGAAAGGCUUUUAUAAAAUUACCAUCAUUAUUUUUUUUACAAAAAACCAUGGCCUUCACAUGACUACAAUCUAUGAUUAAAUUAAUCGAAAUUAUACUGACACAGUCAAACACUUGAAAUUCCUUCCAAAAACAUGACUGCUUCUAGCUUAAGAUCUGUUUGUUAAAGAUUAAAUAAUGUGUGUGUGGAAAAAAAAGGGUUUUUUUUUCCUUUAAUUUCAAAUGUAUCAAAACCUUCAGUAAAAUGUAAAAUAAAAAUUAUUUGGAAAAAAGAUUUGCAACUUAAGUCUUGGACAAAAAUAUUGCUGUUACUAGUUCAACCCCCCCAAGUCAUGAAGAAUGUAACCGUCAGACAAUUGUUGGUUUGAAAAUGUAAAGAUGUACAGUAUGAUCCUCUAUUAUCGCAUGACAACUAAAAAAAAAAAUACAAAACUUUGCUGUAAUCUUCAAACACUGGACUUGAAAAGUAUUUUGUAAACAUGUGAGUCCAUUCAAAUUUGUUGAAGUUGGAAGAAAAGAUUUGUCCAAAAAUAUAAACAAAUAUUCAAAAAGUUGUGAUUCGAAGUGAGAUUUAUAAGAUUCCAAUAUGGAAUGUCUCUGAUGUUGGGAGGGAGAGAGUUGAACUAAAGACUCCGGGUCCCAUGGAGGUUUAAGAGGACUGAGGGUGUGGUGGUGGUGAGAGAUGAGGCUGAGUGACCUGAUGUGGAGGAGUGAGGUUAUAGAGUGCCUUGGAAAGGUAGAGCUGAGUAUUGUCUGCAUAGCAGUAGAAUUGAAUAUCAUACAUACAAAAAUAUGGCUAAGGGGGAAGAGGAUAAUGAAGAGGAUGGGACCUAGGACAGAGCCAUGAGGGACACCAGAAGAAAGUGGAGAUGGCUGAGAUCUGAAAGAUUUGAAGUGUGAAAUUAGAAAUGUUUGACAUUUAUAGUGAGUGGAAAAACUUUGCAAC